GGCCGAAAUCAUAGGUUUUGUUUAUGGGCAUUUGGUUCUUGGGUCUCUCUCUCUCAUCGUCGCUCCCUCUCACCGCGACUCGAUUGGAGGAAAACAAGGAGAAUGAGUGCUGAUUAGGGGUUUGGAAGGAUAGAAGGUGUUUGUUGUUGAUUUUAUCAAAAAAGAGGAACUUCAGAAGAAAAGAGAAGACUUCUUCGUGCGUUUUAGGUUCUUUUUGUAUUUUGGAGUUCGCAGAGAUUUUGCAUGUGGGGUCUGGGCCUGAGGCUCUGACUGCUGAGAUUUGGUUGAGGAGUCGGUGAAUGAGGAUUCAGACAAUGGCGUCGCAGGGUGGUGGAGGCAGUGGAGGGCAGCGAUCCCAGAUUCAGAGCUUGGCGAGGCAAGGCUCCCUUUAUAGCCUUACCCUCAAUGAGGUCCAGAGCCACUUGGGUGAACCCUUAGUCAGCAUGAACCUUGAUGAGCUCCUCAAAAGCGUGUUCCCAGAGGGCAACCAACCCAUGGGAAUGGACCUUGACACCGCCACCAGCCAAUAUACCUCUAGUUCUGGCCUCCAGCGCCAGGGAAGCAUUACCAUGCCACAGGCCCUAAGCAAGAAGACGGUGGAUGAGUUGUGGAGAGAUAUCCAGCAGGGGCAGCAGAAGAGCAACAAGGAGCAGAGAUCAGGUUGUGAGAGGCAGUCGACACUUGGAGAGAUGACACUGGAGGACUUUCUGGUGAAGGCUGGGGUGGUUGUGGAGGGCUGUGCUAAGGAUGUGAAUGAUAUUAUGGGGAAUGUGGGUCCUGUUGGAAGUGCCAAUCCAGCGGCUGGGCUGCAGGAUUUUGGACAGGGAGCACAUUGGUUGCAGCAAUAUCAUCAGAUGUCUGCCAUGGAUCAGCAUCAGCAGGGGCAGCAAAGCAUGAUGGGUGCUUAUGUCCCGAGCUGUCCGGUCCCCCAGCCUUUGGGUCUUGGCACCAGCCCCAUUUUGGACGCUGUCUUCCCUGAUGGCCAGAUGAACAUUUCAUCUCCUCGAUUGGGGGCGCUCUCCGAUCCACAGACACCGCCAGGUCGUAAACGAGCAGCUUCAGGGGACGGGACGGACAGAUUAGUGGAGAGGAGGCAGAAGAGGAUGAUUAAGAAUCGGGAGUCUGCUGCCCGUUCAAGAGCUAGGAAGCAGGCCUACACAAAUGAACUAGAAAUCAAGGUUUCUCGUCUGGAAGAGGAAAAUGUGAGACUGAAGAAACAGAAGGAAUUGGAGAAGAUACUGUUCUCAGUACCUCUACCAGAACCGAGGUAUCAGCUUCGGAGGACAAGUUCAGCUCCCUUCUGAUCAUGUUCAUAUUAAAUUUUGUAGAUUUGACAUGGGAUGUUGUAUUUGCGUCUUGGGUUAGAAAUAUGUGGUAGCUUUGGUUUUUUCGCUGUCCUGCUCUGGGGUUUUUAAGAUUGUGAGGGCCCCUACGUAUGCUGCUGCCGCCCCUUCUGUAAACUUCUACUAAGGCUUUGUUCAAUGUAAAUCUGCUAGGCACAUGAGCACUUAUUAGAGUUCUUUUAUAUAUUUCAUGUGUCUUUUUUUGGCACGUUAGCUUUGAUGGUCAUUGAACUAGUGGAUAAAAGGUGGAUGCGUGAAGAACUGCAGCUCUGAUUGUUUCUGGGCAUUAGAUAUAUCGAAAGCAGCAGCUAAAGUGUAAUUACAGUACUCCUUGCGUGCUGAAGUGAACUCUUCCGGGGCAUCAAGCUUUGCAUAUAAAGUCGCUGCAGGAUUAGUGCGAUUCAUUUGACUUGUAAAUUCUAACUCGGAGGUUCAGUUAAAAAUUUAUGUAUAUUUGCUAUGCUAGCUCAGUUUAUCAGUUCAUGCAAUCAGAAUCAUAUAAUGUAGUUGAUACUUCAUUAUGUCUAUAAAACAUUUACUUGAGC